CAAUCAGUCGGAUUCACAACGCCUUUGCCAAGCCAAGCCAUCAGCAAUCAUGAAGUUCCCGCUCUCGACUCUUCUCCUUCCCUUGGCGGGCGUUGCCAGCGCCUGGGAGCAGCUUGAGAAGAACGACACGCUUCUUGCCAUCAUCGACAUCCAGGUCGGCCUCUUCUCGCUUGUCCAUGACUUCGACCCGGUCACGUACAAGAACGCGAUCAUGGCCCACGCGGACCUUGGCAGGGCUUUUGACCUGCCCGUUGUCAUCACGACCUCUGCCCAGACUGGCCCCAACGGCCCUACGUCGAGCGAGAUCCUGAAGAUGUACCCCGAGGUCAAGGUCAUUGAGCGCCAGGGCGAGAUCAACGCCUGGGACAACGCCGACUUCCGUGCGGCAGUUGAGAAGACUGGCAAGAAGCAGAUCAUCAUUGCUGGCAUUGCGACCGAUGUUUGCACUGCCUUCCUCGCUCUCUCCCUCAAGGAUGCCGGUUACAGCGUCUGGGCCAACGCCGAGGCCUCGGGCACCACCACCGAGCUCGUCCGGGACAUCUCCAACGACCAGAUGAGAGCUGCGGGUGUCAACGUCGUCUCCUGGUUCGCCAUUGCCACCGGCCUUCUCCGCGACUGGCGUGCCCCCGAGGGUCCCAAGAUGAUCCCCUUCUUCGACAAGUGGAUGCCCGGCUAUGGUGCCGUUGUCCGUGCCCACAUCGGCGCCGUGCAGAACGGAACCGAGUUCCCAGGCGAGGAGGCGCUCUAAUCGGGCAAAUUCGACAGUGUCAUCCAGUGCUAUAAUCCUUCCACGACGGCCGACGCCAGUGACGGUAUGAGCUGACAGGCCUGCGAGUUCAAAUUGUGGAAAGAUGAGCCGAGAUGGGAUUGACCAAACUUAUAUACCAAGACCAUGGUUCUGCCAUUCAUACAAAGGAUCGAGCAUACUGCUCGUGGCUUACUGGCGGUUUCCCUUAGCUAGUAAUCUCUGGAGGCAAUAGAACUAUGUCUUAAA